AUGGGUAAACCCCGAGGAUUGCGCACCGCUAGGAAACACGUGAACCACAGAAGGGAACAAAAAUGGGCGGACAAGGACUACAAAAGGGCCCAUUUGGGUACCAGGUGGAAGGCCAAUCCCUUUGGAGGAGCUUCUCACGCCAAGGGAAUCGUCUUAGAAAAAGUAGGUGUAGAAGCCAAACAGCCGAAUUCCGCCAUUCGCAAAUGCGUGAGGGUGCAAUUGAUUAAGAAUGGUAAAAAAAUCACCGCGUUCGUACCCAGAGACGGUUGCUUGAAUCACAUUGAAGAGAACGAUGAGGUUUUGGUCGCUGGUUUCGGUCGUAAAGGUCACGCCGUAGGAGAUAUUCCCGGAGUUAGAUUCAAGGUUGUAAAAGUAGCAAACGUUUCUCUUCUGGCCUUGUACAAGGAGAAAAAGGAGCGACCGAGAUCUUAG